AUGGAAUUUAAUUUCGAAAAUGCUGACCAAAUUGGUCCAAAGCUACCAAAUUUGGCAGAUUUGAAAAAAUAUCUGCGUGAGGAGAAGCCGCUGUACUACCAAGUGUUGGAGGAAUAUUUGCGAAAUGCGGCACAUUUGAUUAAUGAAUUAGGAGCGAAAUUGGAACGAAGUGAGCGUCAAGCUCACGACGAAGGAAAAGUUGGGGAAAAGCAACGUGGAAAUGAGGAGCAGCUCGUGCUCCACCUCCCCGAACAGCAACAGUGUGAAGAGCAGGAGAUAAUAGAGCCAGUACCGGCACUGGUUCACGAUGAAGCAGAGGGGGUGGAGGAAGACGAAGCAACAGAGUUGCGGCAGGUACCACACGAGCUGUUGCUCAAUGAAGGAGUUGUCGAUGCGGUACCAAGAGCCGCGGUUGUCGAUGCGGUACCGAGAGCCGC